GUGCAUCGAGUGUUGAUUGAACUGGAAUAAGAACAGAUCAGGUUUACAACCCGAGAGUGAUAUGCUGCAGAAAGGAUGAAUUAAGUGAGUGAAAGAGCGAUCACCACCAAUUAAGUCAUCACCAAAUUUCCUCAUUGUCAACCCUGUCUUCUGUGGACGAUGGGCCUCUCUCUGUGCCGUCAGCUCUUUCACAGCAGCCCCUUCCUCCCCACGAACACCAGCGCUUCCUCUCCUCCAUCCUCUCCCUCCUUUCCUCCCACCUCCCUCUUCACCUCCCUCUCCACCCCUCCGUCCAUGCGCCUCACCACCCUGCUCCUCCAAUCGCCUCCCGUUGCCCCUGGCGACCCGCGCUCGUCGUGGAGUGCCGUGGAGUCGUCCCCUCACAUGCUGGUCCGCGACGAGGGUGCCACCGUGUGGCGCCAGCCAUCCGAGCAGAGCAGCGACGCCGCCCGAUCCAGCGGCGGGGUCAGGGCGGGCCUUCACCUGUGGGAGGUGUCCUGGUUGGUGGAGCAGAGAGGAAGCCACGCCCUCCUGGGCGUUUGCACCAACGGGAGCGCCCGGCAGGCGUCCGGCUAUACGGCGCUGGUGGGCGGGGACUCACGGUCUUGGGGGUGGGAGCUGUCGACCAAUCAGCUGUGGCACGACGGCAAGGAAGUGGCCAGGUAUCCCACGGCGACAGAAGAACACCAUCAUAGCCACCAUCAUCAUCAUGGAACCCCUAUGGACAUUCCGGAACGUGUGGUGGUGGCACUGGACGCAGACGCUGGAACACUGGGAUACGUGGUGGAGGGAUGUUACCUGGGCGUGGCCUUCUCUGGGCUUCCGAAAGGGGAGGAGCUUUUCCUGUCUGUCAGCUGCGUGUGGGGCGGAGCCAGCAUUCAGCUGCGCUACCUCGGCGGCAUGUCUCGUGACCCCCCCUCUCUGAUGUCAUUAAGUCGUUUGUCAAUCAAUCAAGCAAUGGGGCGGAGCCGGAUGUCUAUGACUGACAGGUUGCCCCUCCCACCUGUCUUGCAGCGUUUCUUGGAGCAAACUCAACAGAGGCCUGUGAACACCACCAGUUGAGCAGUUACAGUUAGGGUUGCCAAACUGGGGGUCAUGGAGGUCCUGCAAGGAAGUCUCGAAGAGAAGGGAAGACUUGCAUAAAAUCUAUCAAAUUACAUGUAUGCGUCUACCUGUAUGAGGGCAACAUUUAGCAACAUUAGUGGACAGGAAAAAAGUGUUUUGUGUCGCGAAAAUAUUCGUAGAUCCCAAAAGGGGGUCACAGCAGAAAAAAAACAUGAAAAGAUUAGUCUGGAAUCACUCAGUUCAGAUAGGGGUGGGACCAAGCUGUUGUCCAUAUGGCUGAAAUGGUCUCUGCAAAAAAAUACAUUUUUCAUGAGCUGGUUAGCUAUUCUGCUGUCCACAUGUUGUGAUUGGUGGGCAUAGGUUGGUGGCUGUUGGGACGAUCUUAAGGAGAAGGGCUAGGCCAUCUCGACUGUUAAAAAAAAUGGCCCGCUAGACGGGUUCAUCAAGUUUCCUUGGCUUCAGUUAUCUUUUACAUGAAGAUUUUUGUGUUUUAAAUAUGAUUAUUGUUAUUAUUUAUUAUUCUUCCUUCUA